AUGAACAACCUUACAAGGGUCUUUAGAAAAAGACAGACGAAGCCUGAGACUUCCUCUGAUACGGAAAACAAUCAAACGGAUCAGGUUCAGCAGUCUGCCAAGCACUCUCCCACACCAUUUUCUUUCCCAGAUGGUGUCGAAGUAUUGCAUGAGUGUCUUGACGCCACGGUUGACGUUUGUCUCAUUCACGGCUUGACUGGGAAUCGAGACAAUACUUGGACUGCCCAUGGGCAGUCCACGCCCUGGCCAAAGAUACUCCUUCCACCGGAGUUCGGCAGAGCUCGAAUAGUUACUUAUGGCUACGACGCCUACCUAGUGCGAAAAUCGGUUACUGGAUCAAACCGGCUAAUUGAUCAUGCCAAAAAUCUUCUCAAUGAUUUGACAACAGACAGAGCCUGUCAUAACGCCUCAUCUCGUGCCCUUAUUUUCAUCGCCCAUAGCUUGGGCGGCCUCGUUUGCAAGAAAGCCAUUCUGCUCUCACGAAAUAACCCUGAAACUCACCUUCGUGGCAUAUUUGAUUGCACCAAAGGUAUCAUCUUCAUGGGCACCCCUCAUAAGGGAUCCUGGAUGGCGGACUGGGCAAAGAUUCCGGCUGGGGCUUUUGGCCUUGUGAAGUCCACCAACAAGUCACUGUUGAAAAUUUUGGAAACGGAUGAUCAGCUCCUUGAAGCUAUCCAGGUUGACUUCUGA